GAAAUAAUUGAAUCUUCUUUACUUAUAUCCUUUGCAUGUAAAAAUAUAGAUAAUGAGAAUGAGGCUAAUGAAAAUGAGACAAGCAGUAACAAAGAACCCAAAUUUGUAUUAGGUUACAAAUUAUUCAUAAAAUUAUCAGAUGGGACUUCGUUACUUGCAAAAUGGUUUGAAGAAUCAUUUAAAGCUGAAUAUUCAAAACUAACUGCAAGAAAAAGUGACAUUGGAAUUUAUAUUACUAUUACACAACCUUCUAUUUUUCAAAAUAAAUAA